AUGGUCGCCCCCGCCACCCGCACCCUCGUCAGGGGCAUGCACACCACUGCGCGCGCGCUCAACGAGCCUAUCACCUCGAACUUUCUCGCCCGCCUCGGCGCCCGCAGCGCCGAGGACGGCAGCGGCUCGCGCUUCCCCCGGCUGGGCUCGUCUUCGACGGCCUCGUCGUCGUCGGCCAACGGCGGCGCACGGCCCGCCGCCAACAUCAACGACACUGCGCGCGGCAUGAUCAGCGACGCGACGUACGGCGGCGGCGGGUUUGAUGGCCGCAAGCGCUUUGUCGCGAGCGAGGUCGUCGCACCCCACGCAUACUCGCGCAAGGAGCUGUACGUGUCCGAGGAAUUGCGCCGUCCGGGCCCGCGCCCGCCGCUCCUGGGCCCCCCCAAGGCCGUGGCCAAGCGCAUCGACCCGUUCUGCCUCACGCGCACGUCGCCGCUCGACCACACCAUGAACCCGAACAUUGUGCACCACUACAUGAACGCAAUUGGCAAGAUCCAGGGGCGCGCAGAGACGGGCCUGACGUGGAAGAACCAGCGGCUCGUGGGCAAGAUGGUGCGCCGCGCGCGCGCCAUGGGCGUCGUGUCCAAGUGGGCCAAGGUGAGCCGUGGGCAGGCGCUCGGCGCCUUUUACCCGCGCGCAUAG